UCUAUCUAAUGGGAGAUAUUUUCUUCAAAGGAUAUCCUUCAGAAUUCAUCCCCGAUAAUUGACGAGAAAAAAGAGUAAUGUCAGUUGGGGUAGUCUCGAGUUGCUGCUUCCUGUCUUGUUCAAAGCCUUUUUCUCAAGUUCAUGGCUAUCUGAAUUUCCAUGGCUCCAUGUCAAGAUGGAGGCAGAACGGGACUGUAAUCAGAUGUUGUAAUAGAAGGGCAUGGGAAAAGUCACGGGCUCAACAGAAUUACUACGAGUUGCUGGGAAUUUCUGCUGAGUCAAAUGCCCGGGAGAUCAAAGAAGCCUAUCGGAAGCUGCAAAAGAAAUAUCAUCCAGAUAUCGCUGGCCAGCAGGGUCAUGAGCAUACUGUCACGGAUGAUAUUUCCACUCUCAGCCCGUGA